AUGCACGAAUUCAAAGGUCAUGUUAAUAAUGUGCGCAAAGAAGCGAUCCAUUUUCUACAAGAACAAGGCUUUUUCAAUGUCACUUCGAGUGCAAGUAGUCUCAGCAACGAGAUUGCACCAAUCUUCGCUCGCGACCGGUUCAUUGGCGUCUCACAGAACAUGUACGUUAACAUGAAGCCUGCUCUACAGCUUGCCAGUCGAUUUGUAAGCGAUGAACGAGUUCUGCAGUAUUUCUGGCAUCAAAUGAGAAGCACUACCUCACCUUCCAAGACCUUCGCAGCAGACUUCCCGCCCCCACUUAUCUACACCUCGACGUCUCAGAAUGAACACCCAUCAGUCUUGAUGGCCGACUGGAGGGAGAAGCUUAGCAACUUAGCUGACGUUUUGACCUGGAAGGUGCAAGCAUCCGACCGUACACCGAAAGACAUGGAUAUGGGAUUAACCUUCGCGUUCAAAGACCUUCGAACGGCGUACACAGCGUACGCGACCAAGGACAGAAGCCAUAACGAUAUCUUGGAGCUUUCCAACUGGCCUAAAAUCGAUCUAGAGACCAAGAUACGCUCUUGCAUGGUAGCUUGGUGCGAUGAUCAGAUGGGUUCGGAUUGGCGAUAUCGCCCGGGAGGGUUGAAACAAACCAGCCCUUGUGUCCUAUUGCACUCAUUCUUCCGCAACUUGCUCGACCCGAGUCCCAAAGCCGCUACCCCAAUUACUUCUGAGCCUGCGGCUCCACCGAUUGUACAAAAUCUCGGACCUCAGUUUCUUCUCGCUGUCGUCCUAGUUCACGAGCUGGCACAUUGUCUCGACAAGUUCCCGGACUUCAAGUGCGCGGACCUUCGAGGUCAAACGCGCGAAGCUUUUGCUAGUGAGGAAGAAGCCAAGGUUCUUCCAUCUCCCGAAUGCGGUCUCUCUUGGGAGCGGUCAGUCUUUCGCGAGCGUUCUUUCCGAUUUGUCCAAUUCAUCGCCGACCGAAGCAAGGCACCAAUGAGCUACACAGAUGUCAGCGGUCUGGCUGUUCCAAAGUUUUUCCACAGCGACGAUCGUCCUACUGCUUCAUCACCUACUUUUACCGUUGGUGAGAAAAGCUACAAGGCUACGACUGACUUCACGAGCUACGAGAGUGCACUUGUCCCAUGGCAGUGGGUUUCAGACUGGUUUCAGGAGUCGCAUUGGCAUACCAGUCGGACUCGUGAACAAGUACUGGCCCUGCCCUUUCUGGGAUGGAAAAUGUCCUAUGAACUCCCUGCGCCAGACGACCCUUCCACGAUAGCUGACGAGAUUGUGAGAAUCCGCGUGAAAGCACCUCAUGAGGAUGAGUAG